GCAGACGGAGAGGAGAGCUGCGAUGAUGGAGCUGAAAGUGGAGGAGUGUCUGCUCCGCAGAGACUCUUCUCAUCUGGUCUCUGUGCUGCACUACGAAGGACUGACCAGCAUCACCCUCACCAGGCUGGACCAGGUGGUCACCAAGGACCUGUGUGGAUCUGGGUUCAGCAGAGUUCUGGUUGUGUUGAAGUCUUUAGAGAUCCUGUCAGAGAACAGACACGACCUGCAGGCACUCGUUGACCACGGACUGACCGCUAAAGUGGUGAUGUGGUUCGAAGCCGUUCGUGACCUGCUGACCUCUGACCUCCAGAAGAACUCCGCCCCCCUGCUGAGCCUCGCUGAAAAGUUCUGUGACUACUUCCUGCUGCUGGGCCAAGCUUCCCUUCCAGUCAGUCAGCUGUCUGUGGUUCUCCUUCAGUUGGCUCAGUUCUCUCUGGAACCAGAGAUCCACUUUCCACUGAGAUUGGAGGCCAUCAGAACCUUUAACAGCAUCCUGGAGUCUCUGAGCAGAGAGCAGAGGAGACUGAUCCAGAUCAACCAGAACCUGACCCAGAUACUAGCCCAGGUUGCAGCAGCCGUUCUGACAGUUGGAGACUACGAGCUGCAGGUCAGCCUAUCGGAGGCUCUGUGUCGUCUGACUCCCAGGACGGACCGAGAGCAGAGAGCCAAUCAGUGGUUCUCCAGCCAUGACAUCAGCAGCGCCUUCUGUGACAUCAGAGACAGAGACUUUGAGGUGGACUGUCGCCGGUUCCUGAACUUUGUGAACAGUCACCAUGGACACCAGCAGAGGGUCUACACCUUCCCCUGCCUGCGAGCUUUCCUUGACUCCACACAGCUGUUUCGUCCUAAAGACGACAAACUAGACGAGUUCUGGAUAGAUUUCAACGCCGGCUCAGGAUGUGUGAGCUUCUUCAUCGAUGAGCCUCAGGGUUUCCUGUGGGGGUCCAUCCACCUGCUGAGGGAGGACGUGGAUCAUUACAGUCUCCAGGUGAAACGUGACGGAUGCACUGGGGCAGAGACAGUCCUCAGGGUCCGGCUCAACAAUCCCAUCAUGCACCACAACUGCAGAGGUCAGACAGUGGAGCUGAACUUUGACUCUGAACACCACCGAGAGCUGGAGGAGGCUGCUGGGAGAGUCUUCAUGAAAGUAAAAAGUUCCCCCCGCCUUAAAGACCCAGGUGGGACGGUCCAGGUGUCCCCCUCAGCAGCCAGGCAGACUGUUAGAUCCUACAGCAGGAAGAAACCACAGAGCAAGAGUCAGCUGAAGAUCUUGCCUCUGUCAUCUGCGAGCAGUGAAGAAGACUCCUCUGUGAUGAAGACUCCAGCCAGAAAGACGGCCGAGCUUCUGUUUGACCAGAUCCGAUACUCCACGCCUUCACACCCCACAGACUCUCCAAACUGCUCCCAUCUAAACUCAGGUGAUCCUGUGGGGGCGGAGCUACAAAUCUCUCAGGAGCAGACAGAUGACUUUGGAGGAGGCAGCUCUCCUAAAAAAAAGGAAGUCUUCAGUUCUGAAAGGAAGAGAUCCGCUCCAGACUCAGGCUACCUGUCAGACCAAACUGAGGGCCCUUUGGCCCACAAAAGGGGUGCGGAGCCUCAGCCAGAGGGGGAGGAGUCAAACUCAUUCCUGACAGCGCCGACAAAGAGAUUGAACUCGCCGCUGGUCUCAGAGGGGUCACCUGAGGGGCCGGAGCCACCAGAGGAGGAGGCAGGGCUGCCUGAUGAAGGGGCUGAACCACAUGUUGAGAAGGAGGGGCCUGUGAUGGAUGCAGGGGUGGAGUCAGGCCUAACCACCAGCAUCACAGCUGCCUUCAACACCUUCAGAACACAACUAGAACAACACUUCACUGGCAUCUGGCAGAACGUCGAAACUGAAGUUCUUCAGUCUCUAAGAGAGUGUCAGCAACGUGUCUCUUCACUGCUGACCUCUGUCCACAAACAAAGGUGUGUGUUGCUGCAGACGUUCGAGAACAGCGUCACUGAUCAGCUGAACCGACUGCAAGAAAACUCAACCAGCCUGAAUGCCAUAAACACACAGAUCCUGAAUUUUAUCCAGUCAGAGAUGCAGCGACUGGGCUCCUUCUGCGACGAACAUCUGCAGAGGUUGAAGUCUUUGGAAGGUGGAGAGUCUGGGCCGUCCGGCCACUGAAGGAGGAGAAUAGUUUUGUUUUUGUGUCUUGAGUUAAAUAGUCAAUUUCUUCUCUGAAGGCAGAAAAACUAAUAAAGCAAAGUUGACUUGAAAACCA